UUCAUCGGGAGCAGUUCGCUCCGAGUCUCCUCCACUGCGCCGGCGCUAGCCGCGCGUUCGCUGGUCGGGGCCCCCCGCUUGCCUGCCGCUGCCGACACAACACCAGGUGUCGAGGAGGAACCAGGUCGGAAGGCAACGCCCUCCGAACCCGUGCCAUCGAGGAAGCUAGAAGUGCCCCGAGAGCGAGUCGAGAUGCGUGCCCGCUGCGCUCGCCUCACUACCGGUGGCAAGGCAGCUUCAGUGGGCGACGUCGAACCCGGGUCUGCAAUCGAGCACCCCGCGGAGCGACCCGAUUUACUGGUGCGGAAGAAACAGACAGCGGAUAACGACGACCGGCGGUCCGAACACAGAGGCAGGCGCCACCGCGAGAUGUCCCGUAGAAACGAGGCCCCUGGUAAACGAGCAGCGCCCGGCUUCCACCUUUCUGGCACAGAGGCCGCCCUCGACGAGCCCGAACCCUUCGCAACGCCACUGAAGCACAAACGACUGUUCGCUCCUCGGCUGCAGGAUCGAGAGGGACAAAGUACCGAAACGGAACUGCUCAGCUACGCAACUGAGAAAGAUAAUUAUUCUGGUCAGGUCGUAUUGUGCGAAGCUGUCGCGGAAGUGGGAAGUCCACCCGCCACCAAGGCUCCUCGGAGUGGGGCCGAGGCGUUGUCGGACGAAGGCGGCACCAGCAUCUCGGCCGGUGCAGCUCGCAAGAGCGGCCGAUGGACGGAAACCGCAGGCCUUCACAGCACGGACAUGAACCGCGCCGUCCUCGUGGCCAUCCGGUGCGCAUUCGCAGUCGUCGUGGCAGUCCUUGCGCAGCACGUCGUGAUGCAUAGGUCGGAUGGCGCCUGCUUCUCGGCUUCUACCUGGCUCAAGGAAAUGGACAAGCAGUGUAACUCUGCCGACUGCCGUGAAGUUCAUCGCCGCUGCCAUGAACGCUUCGGCCGCGCCUUGCGCCAAGUCCUGCACGCUCGCGUGCGGUCGCUGGCGGUCGUCCGUGCCGGCCUCGAAGGUCGAGCCAGACUGGACGUCGCCCACCGAUGGCAACGCCUCGUGCACGGCGUCCAUGAGAAGUGACUGCGUGGACGCCGCCAACAAGAGCUUGUUGCGCGCUGCGCAGCAAUCGGCGACCUCUGACGUGCAGGUCAGUCACGUGGGCAAAGUCUACGCACCGUGCCUGGCAUCCUUCGUUGACAAGCGUCCGGGAGAAUCCGAGGUGCCCAGCUGUCGGAUCGUCAUGCAAGACGUGCAGUCGGUGCAGUCGGUUCUGGACGCAGCGUUGAGGGAACAGUCCAGUCCAGUUCUUUGUUCUCUGUGCGUGCCUUAGUUUCAUCGCUGGAGGAGCUGGGAAACCCUUUGACGCUGGAAACAUCACGCUUCGCUACGAUGCUGGCUUGCCGCGACACUUUUACGUGGGCGGAUACUUCGGCCAGUUUGCUGACUCCACCGUUAUCCAGGGGCAUCGACACGUGGAUGGUCUUUUUGGCUCACCAUCUGGGGGCACGAUGAUGUCAGGACGCAUGCCCAGAAGGGAUCAGCUGUAUGCUAUAAAAGCAUGCCUAUCGCCUACCAGUUUCAGUGGACACGGCAGCACCGCCGUGACGAUGUUGCCGGACGUGCCGCUGUUCAUGCAGGUUCUCUGCGCGUGCCUUAGUUUCAUCGCUGGAGGAGCUGGGAAACCCUUUGACGCUGGAAACAUCACGCUUCGCUACGAUGCUGGCCUCCCGCGACACUUUUACGUGGGCGGAUACUUCGGCCAGUUUGCUGACUCCACCGUUAUCCAGGGGCAUCGACACGUGGAUGGUCUUUUUGGCUCACCAUCUGGGGGCACGAUGAUGUCAGGACGCAUGCCCAGAAGGGAUCAGCUGUAUGCUAUAAAAGCAUGCCUAUCGCCUACCAGUUUCAGCGGACACGGCAGCACCGCCGUGACGAUGUUGCCGGACGUGCCGCUGUUCAUGCAGGUUCUCUGCGCGUGCCUUAGUUUCAUCGCUGGAGGAGCUGGGAAACCCUUUGACGCUGGAAACAUCACGCUUCGCUACGAUGCUGGCCUGCCGCGACACUUUUACGUGGGCGGAUACUUCGGCCAGUUUGCUGACUCCACCGUUAUCCAGGGGCAUCGACACGUGGAUGGUCUUUUUGGCUCACCAUCUGGGGGCACGAUGAUGUCAGGACGCAUGCCCAGAAGGGAUCAGCUGUAUGCUAUAAAAGCAUGCCUAUCGCCUACCAGUUUCAGCGGACACGGCAGCACCGCCGUGACGAUGUUGCCGGACGUGCCGCUGUUCAUGCAGGUUCUCUGCGCGUGCCUUAGUUUCAUCGCUGGAGGAGCUGGGAAACCCUUUGACGCUGGAAACAUCACGCUUCGCUACGAUGCUGGCCUGCCGCGACACUUUUACGUGGGCGGAUACUUCGGCCAGUUUGCUGACUCCACCGUUAUCCAGGGGCAUCGACACGUGGAUGGUCUUUUUGGCUCACCAUCUGGGGGCACGAUGAUGUCAGGACGCAUGCCCAGAAGGGAUCAGCUGUAUGCUAUAAAAGCAUGCCUAUCGCCUACCAGUUUCAGUGGACACGGCAGCACCGCCGUGACGAUGUUGCCGGACGUGCUGCUGUUCAUGCAGGUUGGUGACCGAAAAAAUGGCUUCCAUUGUGAUGUUCUUGGUCUUAUAGUGCUGCCGUGUCCACAGGUUGUCGUUGACUGUAUAUGCGACUGUUUUUCUAUUGCGGGCCUGUUGUUGAGUCUCUCUGGGGAUGUGGAGAAAAAUCCAGGACCAGUACCAGAAGUAAUGUGCAGGGAAAUGCUCCAAAACCAGAAAGACAAAGAAGGUCACUUUGCGGUACAAAUACAGCAUCGGUCCACGCGAAAUAAAAAGAGUAACAGAAUAUAAAUAUCUAGGACUAAUAUUUACUCCAGAUUUGAGGUGGAAUACGCAUAUCAAUCAGGUGUGUAGCAGGGCAAAUAAAGUCUUAUGGGGUCUCAGGCGAAGACUGUACAGCGCAACUCCUGACGUGAAAAGCUUGGCAUAUAAGAUAUUAGUAAGGCCAAUUAUUGAAUACGCUAACAUUGUUUGGGACCCACACACUGUAACCAACCGUCAUAAAUUGGACAGAGUUCAACGAUUCGCCUCCAGAUUCAGACUUAAUAAGUAUCAGCACGUGCACUCUCCUAAUGAACUAUGCAGACGUGCAAACCUAUCCGCUUUAGAAUAAGGACUAAGUUUGACCGACUGAAAUUUUUAUACCUAACUUUUCAUAACCAGGUCAAAAACUAAUUCAACAGAUUUCUGUAUAAUUUCACCAGAUCAACACUUCAGACACAAGCACAGUUUAUACAUACAGCCGCCAGUUACACGGAAUGAUAUAUACAAGUAUAGUUUCUUUCCGAGGGCAAUCAAAGAAUGGAAUGAAUUACCCAAUCCACUUGUCACAUGUUUCUCUUUCAGUGCUUUUACUGCUGGUUUGAAGAAUCUUAUUUUUCCGGAUAUGACUGCAUCAUAGCAUUUGU